GGCUCGGUUUCACCUUACACCUGCAGUGGGCCAGUUUCAGUCAGAGGAGAGGCCACAUCCACUUUCCUGUAGGCAUCUGGUUAGAAGCAUGCAUGGCUGGCUGCUCCUGGUCUGGGUCCAGGGGCUGACACAGGCUGCCUUCCUCGCUGCAGGAGCCGCGGCAGGCACAAUAGAGACAAAGGGGAACAUCUCUGCAGAGGAAGGUAGCUCUGUCAUCUUACAGUGUCACUUCUCAUCUGACACAGCUGAGGUGACCCAAGUCAACUGGGAGCAGCGAAACCAGCUUCUGGCUGUUUAUAAUGUUGACCUGGGGUGGUAUGUCUCUUCAGUCUUCAGUGAACGGGUGGUCCCAGGCCCCAGCCUAGGCCUCACCUUCCAGUCACUGACAGUGAAUGACACAGGAGAGUACUUCUGCAUCUAUCAUACCUACCCUGAUGGAAUUUACAAGGGGACAAUAUUCCUGAAGGUCCAGGAAAGCUCAGUGGCUCAGUUCCAGAUUGCCUUGCUGGGAGGAACCAUGGCCGCCGUGCUGGGAUUCAUUUGUCUAAUGGUCACAGGUGUGACCAUACUGGCUAGAAAGAAGUCUAUUGGAAUGCCUUCUGUAGAAAGUGGCUUUGGGAGACGGGAAGCUGAGCCACAGGAAUGGAGCCUCAGGAUUCCCUCAUCCCCUGGAGACCCUGUCCAGACACAAGCUGCCCCUGCUGGCCUCUGUGGAGAGCAGGCAGAAGAUGACUAUGCUGACCCACAAGACUACUUUAAUGUCCUGAGCUACAGAAGCCUAGAGAGCUUCAUUGCUCUAUCAAAGACUGGCUAACGACAGCUCUGUCUCCCUCUCCCUCUGUCUCUGUGUCUCUGUCUGUCUGUCUCUGUCUGUUUCUCUCUCUGUGUAUGUGUGUGUGUGUGUGUGUGUAUUUAUGUCUGUGAGGAUGAAAGGCACCUUCUUUUCAAGCUUCACUUCUACCCUUCUCUUCUGUUUCUCUGUGAUAGACCCAAGGUAAAUAAUUUUAACUUGAUUAUAAAUGAGAUUUUUAACAUUGA